AUGAAUGACUCGAUAACCAUCUGGACCAGGAAGUUCAUGAUAUACCAUCUGCUUCAAAGAAAACAGAUGGUCAUUGAUGUCCUUCAUCCUGGGAAGGCAAUGGUACCAAAGACAGAAAUUUGGGAAAAGCUAGCCAAAAUAUGCAAAACCACACCACAUGUCAUCUUUGUAUUUGGAUUCAGAACACACUUCGAUGGUUCCAAGACAACUGGCUUUGGCAUGAUCUUUGAUUCUUCAGAUUACACAAAGAAGAAUGAGCCUAAACACAGACUUGCAAGACAUGCACAUUAUGAAAAGAAGAAGACCGGAAAACAGCAAAAGGAACUCAAGAACAGAAUGAAGAAGUUCAGCGGAACUUCAAAGAUCAAUGUUGGUGCUGGCAUAAGGCCAAAGGAGUAG